AUGUUCGAUCGCUCGUUCAGCGUUUUAGGAACGUUGCAGGCAGAUUUAUAUGUUGUUCCUGUUGAGGGCAUAAGUGCGCCAGUUUUGAUCAGUUUUGAUGUACUGAAUCGAAAAGGGCUGGCAUGCGCUCGAGGUAAUGGUGAGCAGCGGCUGGCUGGGUCUAAUAUUCGGCCGAUCUUGCAGCGUGUGGUCACUGUGAGCCACGAGAUCGAAGCUGGAUCACAUGGCGCUAUGGUGCGGAGAGUGGACUUCAGAAUGCUGCAUUCUUCGCUGCUGAGUAAACUAGUAGCCACGUGCGCUUGCUUUGUGGCAGCAACC